CCAAAAACCUUUGGCAUUCCAUAAAUACAAGCUAUUUACGCUCAUCGCUUCGGAAGUUCAGCUACGUUAAGUUUUCUUUUUUGAAAUUAGACAAAAGUGAGGCAUGCUGGAAGAUUGUGACUUGGAAUUAGACGAUGGGACGAAUGGUAGUGACCGUGGUGGAAAUGUUUCGCGUUUAGAUCUUACUUCCGGAUUCAUGAAACAUAUCAUUCGCAACCAGCAAAACAGGGAUGACUACGACAAGGAGGUGAAAAUAAUGCAAGAGCAGCAGAAAACAAUAGCAAAGGAAAACAAGAGCCAUGCAAAGAAACCAGGACAAGCCAUUUAUGUUCCUCCUGUAAAAGGAAACAAAGGAAGUGGACUUACUGAUGAAAGUGAAAAAACUGUCUUCAGACUUCAGUAUGAGGCCCCAGACAGAGAAAUUUCAGAAUGGCUAGUACAUAAGGGGGAUGAUCCCCAUGGCAUAGCAGUUCGCUUCGGGAGGCAAUGCAGACUCAAUGGUCUUUACAUCAAGGCUUUAGGAUCAGUCAUCGAGGAGGAAAUGGAGAAGAGAGGAUUUCUGACGUGAAGCAGCCUCAGGUUGGGUCAGAGUUAAGGUCAGAUAAGGUCAAAUGCCAGAUGAGGUCGCCUGUCAAAAUGACGGUACAACAGGGAGGUCUGCAACGUGAAGUUUGAUUGAUGGAAAGGAAACAAUCAAACUGGUAUAUGUUUCCAAUCUGUUUGUAUUCCUUGUAAAUCCUUGUUGAUUUUCCAUAUGAAAGGGUAUAUUUUUGUAUUAUUUCUUACACCAUGUUGAUGUAAGACGAAGAUGAUCGAGAUAAGCUCAUGCUUAUUGAUGUGAAGAUGGUUUGAGAGGAAAAAUGGCACCAAAAGGCCCAUUUUUAUUUCAAAAUUCAGAAAAAAACUGCAUUUGAUAAAGGCACAUUGGAAAGUCAUAAAGCCAGAAAUAUGGUAAAUGUUAUUCAAAAUUACCAUAUUGGUUCAUUGAGGAAAAGAAGAUUUAUAAAGACAUGAAGAUAUGUCAUCAUUAAGAUUAAACAAUCAGCAUUGUGUUUUAUUUAAAGAAAUAUGAGAAAAUGUGUGAGGGAAAAUGGCACCCACGCAAAGUUUUUUUUUUUUUAUUCGGAAAAAAAAAAUGCAUGUGAUAAAAGCACAUUGAUACAUCAUGAAAAAACAAUAUUUUCAAAAUUAGAUUUUGCUUCAAGAGACAAACAUUUGGAGAAUUGGUAAAGACACGAAGAAAAAAAGAUAUGUUUUGAAAUUAACCUUUCGCUCAAUGAGUAAGUAAUCAUUUCUUUUUAAGGAAAGCUAACUUAAAGGACAAGUCCACUCCAACA